AAAAAAAAAAAAAAAAAAAAAAGAGAAAGAGGCUCGAGACACGAAAUCGCCAACCCCGCCUUCAAGAUGUCUGAAUCCAUCGAUGACCUCCUCGCCCGGCUCCCCAAUGAGUACACCAAAAAGCCCGUCCGCAUCGCCGUCAUCGGCGGCACGGGCCUGAGCAAGCUCGACGGCUUCACACCCGUGGCGGCGCUCAACGUCGAGACGCCGUGGGGCGCGCCGUCGUCGCCCAUCCAGAUCCUCGAGCACGGCGACGUGGCCGUGGCCUUCUUGUCGCGGCACGGCCUGCACCACCAGCUGGCGCCGCACGAGGUGCCCAACCGCGCAAACAUGGCGGCCCUCCGCCGCGUCGGCGUGCGCUGCGUCGUGGCCUUCACCGCCGUCGGCAGCCUGCAGGAGGAGAUCAAGCCCAUGGACUUUGUGCUGCCCGACCAGGCCAUCGACCGCACAAAGGGCGUGCGGCCCUUCACCUUUUUCGAGAAGGGCGUGGUCGGCCACGUCGGCUUCGCGGACCCCUUCGACGCCCGUGUCGCCGCCGUCGUGAGGUCGUGCGCCGCCGCCAUGUCGGGUGACGGCGUCGUGCUGCACGACAAGGGGACUCUCGUCGUCAUGGAGGGCCCGCAGUUCUCCACGCGGGCCGAGAGCCGGCUGUACCGGUCCUGGGGCGGCUCCGUCAUCAACAUGUCGUCGCUGCCCGAGGCCAAGCUCGCACGCGAGGCCGAGCUCGCCUACCAGCCCAUCUGUAUGGCCACCGACUACGACUGCUGGCACUCGACCGAAGACGUCGACGUCGCCAUGGUGCUCAAGUACAUGGCCGCCAACAGCGAGAACGCCAAGCGCCUCGUCGGCGCCGUCCUCGACCGCCUCGCCGAGCCCGAGCACGCCGACCUCGUCUGCGCCAAGCACCUCGAGGGCGCCUCCGCUGGCGCCGUCCGCUUCCUCACCAAGCCCGCCGGCCGCGCCGAGCCCGGCCGGUCCAAUGUCGAAUACCUCUUCCCCGGCUUCCUCUCCUCCCUGGACAGCUGAGCUCGUCUAGCCACUUGAACACCCGCAUUGAACCCCUUUCAACAUGGCAGGCAACCCCCCUGCAUGUCAGAUCACGAUGCCCCACCCGUGGCGGAUUUAGCUAGGUACUUGGAUGUAUCUUCGUCCUCAUUAUAGACGGCAAAAUGUGCAUUGUGUACCUGGAAUGGUAUCCUAUAGUUUUAUGCAUAAACAGUGACCGAUUCUGUCCCGA